AUGUCGAGCCACAAGAUUUGGCCCAAGUCCGGUGGUGUCCCACUGAACUACGAGAUACUUAAGACUCGCACUAAAGGAUGUGUUCCCGACAACGUGGGGAUCGAUCUUCAGCCUUUGGGGUCGGAUAUAUACACUGGUGCCAGUAUCCCUCGGGUGCUUCCUUCGGACAAAAGGUAUCUCCUUCCUGAGGACCGAAUCGCUUGGUUGGAGGAGAACUUGGCUUGUCGUGGGUGGGAUAUCAUAGGCUUCCUUGAUCCUGCUACUCUCAUUCAUCUCUCCACUGCUCGUCGUUCGGCGACUUAUCUCCCGUUCAUUUUGGCUAAUCCAAACCUGCGUGAAAUAGACUUGUUCAAAGACAUUUGUUCCGUCAAUGUUGAACUUUGUUGCACCGAGGAUUCAAUGUCUCUUAUCCAGGCCAACUUUCAAGAAAGGGAGGCUGAGUUAGCUCAAUACAGCAACUCCGAGGACUGUGUAUCCGGUGCCACGCUCAUUGUUGGUCCCGAGCCAGGAGACCGGGAAAAGAGCCCGAGCCCUCCGGUUCUGCGAAGAAGUCCCGCCAUGCUUCACAGGUCGUUUUGGGUUUGGGCUCACCCAAUGUAUUUGCUUCGAGUACUCCGUCUCGACCUUAGCAAGUCCCUCGUGCCCCCACUCCCGCUAGCUCAGUAA